CCAUUGCCAUCACCGAGCAGCCGGUCUCCAUCUCGGUCCCGGUGGGGUACUCUUUCACGCUGCGGUGCAGAGCCAAGGGCGGCACCUCGCUGCAAUACCAGUGGUUUUGUCAGCACCAGUCUGCCUGCCAGCAGAUUCCUGGUGCUACCCAGGAAGACUUGCCUGUCACUGCGCAGCAGACCCAACUCUACACCUGCAGAAUCAAUGACCGCCACAAAAAUGUCAUCUUCUCUGACUGGGUGAAGGUGGAGGUCCAUCAGUGUGUCGCCAGAGGACUGCCCCCUCUGCUCUGGCGAGGAGAACCGGUCAUUGUCCUCAACCCCACCGAGCAGAGGGUGGAGGUGGGGAAGCCGCUACAGCUGCAGUGUGCUGCCAUGGGGGUCCCAGCCCCCAGCUACCAAUGGUACCGGAAUGGGAACCCGCUGGAACACCAGAAGAGAAAAAAACUCUGGAUCACCCGUGCAAAGGUCAGUGACUCUGGCACGUACCUCUGCUGUGCUUCCAAUAGCCAUGGAGAGCAGUGGACCAAUGCUGUGGAUAUUCACAUAGGUACGUGUUCCCCUGAGAAGUUUUUUGCUACAGGCAAAAUAGCACUUUUGGUGGGCAACAACUGCUACUGGCAUCAUCCCAACCUCAUGGCUCCUGUCAGGGAUGUGUUUGAGCUGAGGCUUCUUCUGGAACAGCUGGGCUUCCAGGUUGUCUCCCUUCUGGAUCUGAAGAAGGCUGAGAUGGUGACAGCAGUCAGUCGGUUCCUGCAGCUCCUGGGGAAGGGAGUCUAUGCUCUAUUCUACUAUGCUGGGCACGGGUAUGAACAUUCAGGGAGGAACUAUAUGGUCCCUGUUGAUGCUCCACAACCCUACGCCCCUGAGAACUGCAUCAGCGUGCAGAGGAUUCUCCAGAAGAUGCAACAGCAGCAGACGGCUCUGAAUCUCAUCCUGCUGGACACCUGCAGGAAAUGGUACAACCCGGGGUGUGCCCUCUCCCAGGUACAGCCACUGCAGCCCUGGGGCAAUACCGUCUAUGGCUACGCCACGAGUGAAGAUGCAGAAGCCUAUGAGUUGCAGGAUGGGGAGUUCAGUUCUGGGAUCUUCAUGAAAUAUCUGAAGAAACAUAUUCUGCAGGAGAAGAAGGUUACACAUAUGUUAGAGGAUGUGUUAGAAGACAUUGGCCGGGAUCCCUUAGUCACUGGGAAGCAAGUGAUGGAGAUCAAACACACUCUGAAGGAUGCCCGGUCCCUGACAGACCCCAUCUGCCCUGUGGGAGCAACUGCUGAGCACUGGGGAUGUGGCCAUGAGCUGCUGAGCAAAACGGGGACCUUCCCCUGCGGGGCACAAGUGGAGCUCCACUUCCACCGGCUCUUCUCCAAUGUGAUGUUUGUGUGUGCCAAGCUGCAGCCGCCCCCGCCCCACGUUGCUGACACCCGCCUCCUGCUCUGCCAGCCCGCCGAGAUGGAUGAUGUGACCACCCUGAAGGAUAGUCGCCUGGACCACGUGGAGUCUCUGCUCGCCUCCGUGUGCAAGCGGGAGGAGGUGGACUGUGUCUUCCAGCUCUGUGGACUACAGAAGAUUCAGACCGACGUGGUCCUGCAGUUGGAUUUGCAUUACACCCAGCUGAGAACAAAGCAGAGGACUUGUGAAAGCCUUCAAACAACCCUCCAGAAAUCUCUGCUAGGGCAAUUUUUCAGACAGAUUAAUUACUCCCAACCAGACUACCAGAUAACUUGUGCCAGUGCAGAUGUGUGCCUCUGGGACGGGUCGGCACCGAGCAUGGACUCAAAGGGACAAGCAUCACUGAGGACAGGUUAUGGCCACAGCUUGCCCAGCAGCAACCCCUCCAACGCCAGCAGUGAACCGGAGGAGAAUGAUGAGGGCGACCUGAGUGACCUCUGCUCAGCACUGCUCCGGGCUGGCCCGGGGCAAGGCUACCCCUGA